AUGUUGCCCUGCACCCUCGCCCUUCUCCUCCUCUUCCUGCCGAUCAAAUCUACCAAGGACAAGGAGAUCAAGGUUUUCUACAGCAUCACGGGGCAGGGGGCGGACAGCUACCCCGUGGGUGUCUUCACCAUUGAGCGCGAGACGGGGUGGCUGGAGGUGACAAAACCACUGGACCGAGAGGAGAUCGACAAAUACAUCCUCUUCUCCCACGCUGUGUCAGCCAACGGGCAGCCUGUGGAGGACCCCAUGGAGAUCAUCAUCACCGUGACAGACCAGAAUGACAACCGGCCUGUCUUCACUGAGGCGGUUUUCCGUGGCACCGUGCCGGAGUGGGCUGAGCCAGGCACCCCUGUGCUGCGGGUGCUGGGCACAGAGGCAGACGACGCGGUGAGCUCCACCAACGGGGUCGUGGUCUACUCCAUCCUACGCCAGAGGCCAGACCAUCCCCAGCCCCACAUGUUUGCCAUCAACAGCGGCACCGGGGUGAUCUCUGUGGCUGCAGUGGGGUUGGUGGCACAGGUGGUCCCUGAAUACACACUGGAUGUCCAGGUGGCAGAUGUGGAAGGGUAUGGGCUGCAGGCCACCGCCACCGUGCUCAUCAAAGUGCAGGCCGAAGGCAUGUCCGAGACGGUGAAUGGCUUGCUGACCACCCACGUGCUGAACACGGUCACGGGGCUGCCGGCAGCCAGGCCUGCCGAACUUGCUCCUUCUGUUUUCAGGUGGACAGACCACGACGGGCGCUGCCCGCCCCUCCUGGCUCCGGGGCAGGCCAAGGCUGGCACCUACAAGCUGCGCUUUGAGACGGCAGCGUACUGGCAGGGCCUGGGGCACACCAGCUUCUACCCCUUCGUGGAGGUUGUCUUCACCAUCGCUGACCCGGCCCAGAAGCUGCACAUCCCACUGCUGAUCAGCCCCUACUCCUACACAACUUACCGCGGCAGUUAA